UUUCCAUGCAGGUACACUUUGGAAGACCUUCAACUGAGAAGAUGAAAGAGUUAGCUUGCCCGUAUACAGAUAGCUUUCAGACUUUCAGCAAUCCAGUAGAGGUACUAAAGGAUUCUCUUUCGCUCGAAUCCAAUAAAUUUCAAUUUGACCGUUUCAACCGUCACGAUACCAUGAAUGAAGAGUUGCUUAAGAUGCAAAAAGACUGCACAGUGGAAGAAGAACUAGAACAUUUUAACAAAAUUUUGAAGCAACAUGGCGAGUGUCAGUCCAGAAACGUGCACAAAAAGGUAGACGACAAUUCUCAAUCUGACAUGGGAGCGGAUAUCUCAAGUAAAAUGUCAAUGCAGUCAAUUGCGACUCGUGAACCAGAUUUGUUAUUAGAUAAACUACAUGACAAAAAGGUAAACCUAGUACUUGUAGCAACAUCACUUGACGAAAGUGAUGUUGUUACGAAACUUGAAAGCACGCUAGAUCCUGCGGAGUCUAGUGUGGUAGUUCUGAAAUUUGAUGAUAAUACAAAUGAUAUCUCGCAUAAUGACAACGCACAUGCCACUCGCCGACCUAAUACUGAGACGCACGAGGACCAACAAGAACGAGAUCUGAGACGCACUGGAGCAACAACAACGAGAAAAACGUCUAAACAAGGAACAGGUGAAAGAUACCGGAAACGACGAACUAGCAACAAUGAAGCAGCAAAGAAAUCACGUGAUGGACGAAAAGCGCAUUUCGAGUGGAUUCAAAGCAGAAUAAAAAAACUAGAAGAAGUAAACGCAUUACUAAGAACAGAACUUGACAAUUUGACACAAGAAAUUUUAGAUAAGGAGAAAGGUUUAGGGAAAUAACUUUGAAUUAGUUUAGAUAGUUGCAUUAAAUCAAGAUUUAUCUAGAACGUCAAUUUAUUGUAAAUUGUUCUGAUUAGGCCUACUUAGGGCGAUUAGGGCAGUAACUCGUUUAAGCUCGCCGCGAGAUAAUGCGAGUUUAGGCGAUUUUAGGUGAUUUAAGCAAAAACUGCAACUUUUAAGCAAUGCGAGUUUAGGCAUUUUAGGGCGAUUUAAGUAAAAAUUUGAUUGAAAAAAUUUCACUCUGAUUGUAGUUUUUGUGCAUGUGUUGUAAUUGGCUAGAAUUAUGGAAAUUAUAGGCAGCAUGUCAGAUAACUGAGCCGGUGUCAAACGUCUCCGUUUAGCUUUCGUGCAGAUAGUUAGAUAGAUAUUAUUUAUAUUAAAAUUUACAAAUUCUAAAUAUUAAAAUAGAAAAGUAAUAAAACUAUUACGAAAUCGAUUUGUUUUAAAAGUAGGUCUACAGUAAAUUAUGGUUUCGUGGGUUGCUUGCGCAUGCUGGAAUUAUUCUCGACGGUUUCCUUAAACAAACGAUAUAUCCAUUAUGGCUUGAACUUACAACCUGUACAGCUUAGGCCCGGUUUACACUAUACCGGAUUGCUAUCGGAGUGGGUCAAAUUUUGUAGGUAUCGAAAGGCUGUGAAGAUUUUUAAUCUCAGAGACCCAAAUAAACAUGCCAAUUCUGUCAAACUAAUAAGCAUUUGCUACUAACCAUUGCUCCGUAACGGCAAAAGAAGAUGUCGCGACCAGCGAAUCCGGUAUAGUGUAAACAGGGACUUAUAUCUUAACUCAGCAUUAUCUUGUUAUAUCUUGUUGCUCAAGCCAAUCAAGGUUCAGGAUAUCUUAGCCAAAACACAUUGCUUGUACCUCAUUAGGUUUUAAAAAACAAAGAGAGAAAUCACCACAAAAAUAGGAUUCACUGACAAAAAAAUGUUGCAGUAAUACUUUGAUUUCCUCUUUUGCCACAUAUUUUACAAUGUAAACUAUUAAGGGACCGUUCAUUAAUUAAGGACCAGUGGGGGGCUGGAGAAAAAUUAGGGGGGGUUACCAAAACAAUUUAUGGUUAGAAGGGGAGGGGGCCUUUAAAGUGUUUUCAGCAUGAAAGGGGGAGUUGCCAAAAUUAUUUGUGGUAAUUAUUAAUAUUUUAGGUUGACCAGUUUCAAAUAUUAAGCCUUCACAACCAAAACCAUUUGAUGAAAUGGUUUUCAAUUUUAACAGUUUUAAAGCUUUUGUUAUGUUUGUGGUGAAGAAAUUGGAAGCGUUGCUUAUGUUGGUGGAGAAAUUUUGAAUAUGCUUAUGUUAGUCUGGAAAAAUUUUUAGACUAUGCUUAUGUUCGUCCGGAAAAUUUUUUUACCUCCCCCCACCGUCGACAACACUUUUGGGAAAAAUUUGUAUGACUUGGUGAAAAUAAAUAGGGGGGUUGUGAAAAAAUUAACACCUUCAUGGGGGGGGGUCAUGACUUGCACCGUUUCUGCUCUUUUUCCUCCAGCCCACCCUGACGUAUAAUUAAUGAACGGUCCCUAAUAUCGAUUAUUUCAGUGCAAACCAAAACAGAGCAAAAAAUAAAAUGUCGUUUGUUAGCUUCAAUAAAAUGUGAAAUUCAAACCAAAAAUACUAAAACUUCUUCAUUUUUUACAAAUUUAAUGUAAAACAGCGAUAUUUCGUUGGCACAACCUGUAAUAUGACAAAAUUCGUGUUUAUAGAUUUUUGAACGAGCGAAAAUUGUGUUUAAAAAUGAUACAAAGUUUACGCUUCGAAAUGAGGGUCAUGGAAAAAUCUGAUUGCUAUGUUUAUCUGUUUUUUAAAUACUUUGAAAACCUAAAAAUAAUAUUUUAAAAUUAUUAUAGCAAAAUACAUGGCAAAAUGUUUAUUCGGAUGCUCAUUUUCUGAGUCGCCUUUUUCGUAUAAAUCACACUUGCACGUGAAAUUUGCUAAAAUUCAGUACUUUCUUCAUUCUUCAGGCGAGUUUACAUUCUAUUAGCAAAAACUAGAAAGAAAAGCACGUCUUCUGACCUAAUCACAUUUCCGGCAUUGGCACAACUUGCAUACAUGAGCUCGAGAAAAUUAAGGUGAUAAACAAGCAAUUUUAGCAAAAUACCUCACAUACUGAAAUUUGACGAUUAUCGUUGGCGCACAUGCAGUAUCACUCAAAAACCAAAUAUUUAUACUUUGUCCUGGACAACAAACGCAUGCAUAUACUGCUAAUUUCAAGUAGUAUCCCAUCAAUAUUAAGUUCCUGGUCGAGGUUAUUUGCCAUCAAAAACACACAUUUUGCAAGAAACGUCAUUUUCGGCCAUGUUUCAGCGAAGAAUUCUUGACUGCUAAUUUUCUGAUUGCGACAAAUAAUUGUGGUCUUGAUUAACGUUUAUUAACUUUUACGUCUGCUAGCUUUCUUUUAUUUUCCCUCUGCUUUUAUUUAACACAUUUUUAUGAAAGAAAAAACUUUUAAAUCACUUUUAUACCAAUACCAAACCCUAUAGGCCGUUUGCUGCGUCCCGAUAUCGUUCACUUUCAUUUCACCCAUCUUGAAACUGAAAUAUUUUUACGGGAACUAACACUUUCGAACACGCUGAGUUCAAAUCCGAAAAGUUCCCGCUCCGUAGACCUGCAGUUUUCUCACAAACUGCAAUUUUAUCUUCACUAAUUUCACAACAACUUUUUCCAUUGUUCAACGACACGGAUCGAUGACGCCAAACGAUUCCCAGCGGGCAAAAUGACGUUUAUCCAACGUUGAAUCAACGUUGGAAAUGACCUUCCAGACGUUGGAUAGACGUUGAAAAAGGGUUGACUAUGCAAAUUGGAUCGACGUUACUGUUUCGACGUUGAAACAACGUUGAAAUUAGGUUGCCAAUCUCGUCAACCAUAAUUCAACGUUGAAUCCACGUUAAACUGAACAACGUUGAGAUUGGUUCACAAAUCGACCUCGUACAUUUAACCAUGAAUGAACGUUAAUUCAACGUCUGUUGGCUGCUGUUGAACCAAUUUUUGUAAAACAACGUCAGAGCAACGUAGAUAUUAGGUUGUCGACGUGGCAACCUUUUUUCUACCAAAUUUCAACGUUGAAAUAACGUCGUGUGCCCGGUGGGAUGUUGAAUUCAACAGUACUUGUUCUUCAUUAAGUAAAAUUAAGUGUGGCGUACCUCAAGCUUGGGUCAAUCCUCGGACCUUUGUUUUUCCAGAUCUAUAUUAAUGAUAUGUAGCUAAUUCUAGUUAAAAAUAUUAUUGCCCAGCAAAUAACUCGUAAAAAACAUUUGGUAUAUAAAAAAUAUUUAUUAUUACUGAGUAACGUUUCGUCACAUUGCAAGCGACAUCAUCAGACUAAAUACAGUAAGGCUAUUUCAUCUAUUUUAUAACAAAUUUUGAAAAAAUAUAUGAUAUACAACUGAGAUAAGUGAAAGAUAUAGAUUAAAAAAAGGAAUGUCACGUGGUUAGCGUCAUGCAGUGUUAAAAGAUGUUAGUAAAUUAACAAGAGGAAACACCUACUUAGAAAAGUGUUAACGGAAAAGAUCGGACACUAUUAGAUCAUUAGAUGGCACAACAAGGAGUUCUCGAAAUCUCGAAGAAAAAAUUUUCAACAGGCUUCAUUAAAAAUAUUAUUGUAACUUGGCAGUUUUUUAUGAAGUGAUAUUCCCUUCAAAAUGCAACUGCGAUUUUUGUUAUGCAACAUUGUAUUUUGAUACACUAUUUUUCUAUAACAAGGCUGUAUUUUGGAACACUGUAUUAUGCAAGCAUGCUUGUAUUCUGGAAUACUGCAAUGUGCAAGCUUGUAUUUUGGAACAUUAAAUUGUGUAAGAUGACAUUAUGGAACAUUAUAUUAUGCAAGCUUGUAUUAUGGAACAUUAAAUUGUGAAAGCUUUUAUAUAUUAUGCAACAUUAAAUUGUGAAAGCUUGUAUAUUACGCAAACUUGUAUUGUGAAACACGCGACGCGCGAGACGAAAUACGUGCUCGUUCGAACCGCGUGUUUAUAACGGUCUUGAAAUAAAAAAUGGCUGAUCAACAAACAAACACUGGUCAGUCAAAUUUUACACAAGUUGUCAGCUUGUUGAGACAAGCGGAAUCUUUACUUUCAGGUGUAUCUAAUAUAGUGAUAACACAGUAGCUAUAAUAAUACAAAUGCAUCAUUAAGGCCACCUAACAGUUCAACCCUGACAGAGAAUUCGAAUGUGGAUAGUGUGCCAUCAGUCGCGACAACGUCGACAAGUUCUGAUAGAUCCUUAGCGAACUUUCGCUCGCUUUUUUCCAGUUACCAUCGUGGGUCAUUUCGGCAAAAUUCAUCUCGUGCGUCUUCGGCUCCACCGCCAAAACGAAAACGAACACUUGUAUGGUCUGAUGUAUGCCAGUGCUUGGCCUAAUCCGGAUGCCUCUCUCAAAAAGGGCACAGAGUAACCAGAUGGUGGUAGAAGUAUUACAACCAAAUCUUUAUUGCUAGCUCUGCUGCGAAGGAUUUCGAAACCACCACAAUUCUGAAGUUUGGGAAAAUAUUCUUCGAGUUUGGCCACAAAAGCAGAUGCACUACCAUCUUUUUUAAAAACUAUUUUUUUUCUUCCUAACCCAGCAAGCUGAUGGUCACAUUUUUGUCCUCGAGUUGAUUGAUAGUUUUGAUGGCGAUCAGCCAAACAAAAGAAUUCAUGGAUCCGCGUAUCUUUGGGUAAACACUGAGAAAAUGUUCGUUAUCGUUUUGGCGGUGGAGCCGAAGACGCACGAGAUGAAUUUUGCCGAAAUGACCCACGAUUGUAACUGGAAAAAAGCGAGCAAAAGUUCGCCAAACAUCUAUCAGAACUUGUCGACGUUGUCGCGACUGAUGGCACACUAUCCACAUUCGAAUUCUCUGUCACGGUUGAACUGUUAGGUGGCCUUAAUGAUGCAUUUGUAUUAUCAGCUACUGUGUUCACUAUAUUAGAUACACCUGAAAGCAAAGAUUCCGCUUGUCUCAACAAGCUGACAACUUGUGUAAAGUUUGACUGACCAGUGUUUGUUUGUUGAUCAGCCAUUUUUUAUUUCAAGGCCGUUAUAAACACGCGGUUCGAACGAGCACGUGUUUCGUCUCGCGCGUCGCGUGUUUCACAAUACAAGCUUGCAUAAUACAAGCUUUCACAAUUUAAUGUUGCAUAAUAUAUAAAAGCUUUCACAAUUUAAUGUUCCAUAAUACAAGCUUGCAUAAUAUAAUGUUCCAUAAUGCCAUCUUACACAAUUUAAUGUUCCAAAAUACAAGCUUGCACAUUGCAGUAUUCCAGAAUACAAGCAUGCUUGCAUAAUACAGUGUUCCAAAAUACAGCCUUGUUAUAGAAAAAUAGUGUAUCAAAAUACAAUGUUGCAUAACAAAAAUCGCAGUUGCAUUUUGAAGGGAAUAUCACUUCAUAGUUUUUGGCCUGGGGACGUUUUGGCCUGGGGACAUUUUGACUGUGCAGAGUCGGGGACGUUUUAACCUGGGGACGUUUUGACUGGAUACCGAAUUUUCCAUCAUGGCGCUUACUUUCUUCGAAGUAGAGUAGACGGUGAACAAAUGAAAAUUUAAAGAAAAGUUGUAUCAUUUUCACUUCGAUCUUAAAUCUUAAGAAUUCACCAACAAAGCAUGUUGACAAUAAAAGUAAGACUGCAUCGCCGCCAAUGCAGCCCUUGAUGUGUCAAAUGAAUAAUAUUGAGGAUUUAAUCAACUUGUCUAAAAUUAACGAUCUAUGUGAUAUUGAAACCGAUGUCUUGGGCGAUGCAUCCAAAUCUGAUGAUAUGCUUCUAAGUCCAAAUAAUUCUACUAUAAAGGAACUUGAGGCCUUUAUUGACAAGUCUUUCUAUAGCGCCUCUGUCGAGCUAUCUAAUCCUGUCCAGCCGACGGACUUCUCUACUCUAGCGCAAAGACGCUCUGAAGAAAACCUGCCUAAACCCGAAGCUCAAUUUCUAACAUUUAAAGAAAACGUUGAAACUCGGCUGCAAGUUUUGUCGUACAAACUCUUUGAACAGAAUAAUACCAUAAAUAUAAAUAAACAAGAGCUAUGCAAAUUGACCUGCAAAAAUUUACAUCUUAAAUCACGUAUCUCGGAGUUGGAGGGGAGAUUGUCGCCAAAGAAUACAACAAAUGGGAGUAGUGAUCUGAGCCCGUGUGAAAAAAUAGUUAAAGGAAAUAAUAUCUUAACUGCGAAUAUAGAUGCUUGUGCUAUUUCUAGUCGCCUUUCACCUGGAACAACUGCAUAUGUCGAUGACAGCGAUGAAUAUGCUAUCUCAACUGCGAAUGCCGAUGCUUGUGCUGUUCCUAGUGACAGUCCACCCGAAAAAAGUGCGCAUGCUGAUGACACUUCGGCCCCUAUAAGUCAACAGUGUGUAGGAUAUGAUAAAGAGACUUUGAACCGGACUGACAACAUCGUCAACCCAGAACGCACAAAAAAGCUCGUAAAGCCCGCCAUAAUGUGCAAUAGUAAGUCAACGAUAUGUCAACAGAAAAUGUAUGGGAAAUCCCCUCUUCAGGAUCGGACAAUGCCACAAGAUUGGUUAAAUUAUCUCCCUUUUGUAGAAACCGGUCAAGAGGAAAAUGUUAAUUCGAAUGUUUCGAUGCAACUAGAUUAUAAUCUUACGAGAGAGAAUCCGGUAGAAACGCUACCAUUGACUAAGAUGUCACCUCGGACUAGCUCUCAUAAUAAUACCAACGUUAUUCCCGAUGAAGUUCUACACACGCCUAUUGCGUUACUGGGCGCUGAUUCUAGUAAUGUGUGCAUGGAAGAUCAGUUAAAAGCAUAUCGACGCAAACAUCAAACGGUAAACCGCAUCAAGCAAUGUCCAAAUCCCAUGCAACCCAAAAAGGUUACGUUUUUUAAAGAACAAUCAAAACCAUACUGUGGUAGAGUUAAUAAAACCCGAUUUCAGACAGAGUAUAACCAGGAGUUUUUUCGGGAGGGAAAUGCGUAUCGACACACGAACGACUGGCUACAUCACUUAAAUCUUGUUCGCCGAUUAACACAAUGACAACACUCCAACAACGGCACCAGGGACCGCACCACCCUUUAACUUUACCUAUCCCUAUCCCUGUACGAAUUACUAACCGAGACACAAUCGCAUUACAGCGUAAUCCAAUCGCUAAUGGACUUGUAAAUCCUGAGCAAUUGCGACAAGUCAGACAUACCAAACAAAUACCAACAACAUUGACAUCAGCCAGAAUUCAUAAUCCUGCAAACUGUGUCCAAAUUACCCUCGCUACCGCGAUGGAAUCAACAGUUGCAUGUGCUCCAGAAAAUGUAUUCGUUCCAAGUGUUCUCCUUUCCAAUGUGAUGUCCUUAGCGCCGAAAAUUGAUGAGAUUCAACAUUGCGUUGUGCACGCAAAUUUUGGUCUAGUUUGUUUAACUGAAACGUGGCUAAAAGAUUGCAUCCAAGACGAAGUAGUGUCCAUCAGUGGAUUCAAUAUAGUUCGGCUUGAUAGAAAAUCACAGGUACACGGCGGAGUUUGUAC